AAACGAUGUAAUUGUUCAUCGAAAUCGACGAAAAAUUACAUCUUGAUUCGUUGCCGACGUAAAUCAUUAUAAUAUUAAGGGCGUUGAAUAGCCUUGAUGCCACUAUCGCCACCAUGCGUUUAGUAAUGGAAAUACAUGUGUGUUUAUGCACCAUAUCAUUGAAUUAUUCUAUACGUUUUCUCUCAAUUUCGUUUAAUGUCAUGCUGCCCAGGAGAAUCAAAGAAUUUCAUCGAAAAUUAAAUUUGGGUACAAAGAAAUCAAUGAUUUUAUAAACAUGGAGUCUUCGCGAGAUAAGGAGCGCUACCGGUUGGAACAAGAAGCGUUUGUUUCAAAUCAUGGAGGGACAACGUCACAAGAGGUUGUUCACGUUAUUUUACCAAAUGUAUGCGGUGUUCUUUUAACAAUAACUACUUUAGGGCUUUAUGGAAAAUAUUUACAUAGAAAUGUGAAAAUUGUCAUAGAAUUCGUGUUAACCGUUGUUCCAUGCAUUUUGUGUUGUACCAUAUUAUCAGAAUACGUUAGCAACGUAUGCGUUUUAAUGAUCGUUCUUUCUUUCAUAAAUAUUAUGUUAAUGAGAAUCAAAGUACAUGCACUGACUAGUUGUAUAUUAAGGCCGAUAAGAGGGAAAAGGCCAUUUGUAACAAAUUUCCGAGCACUUUCCAAUAUCAUUACAGUAAUAUGUAUAUUAGCCGUAGACUUUCGUAUAUUUCCACGAAAGUUUGCCAAAACUGAAGUAUUUGGUUAUAGUUUAAUGGAUACCGGUGUUGGUAUAUUUAUAUUAGCUAAUGCUUUAGUUGCACCAGAGGCUAGAGAUUUUGGUAGUCAACCCAAAGAAGGUUUCUUUGGUACAUUGUCAAGGAAUUUGAAAAGUCCUUUAAAGAGUUCCAUACCGUUAUUAUUGUUAGGCUUUGGAAGAUUUUUAGCAAUAGAAUUUUUAGGUUAUCAAAGACAUACUACCGAAUAUGGAGUUCAUUGGAAUUUCUUUAUAACAUUGGCAUUUGUCAAAUUAUUUACUAGAACGAUAACAAGUACGAUAAGUUCAAGGUAUUCUUUACUUUCUGGUAUAUGGAUUUUGGCUAUGCACGAGUAUAUCUUAACUAAUAAUGGUUUGAAGGAAUGGAUUUUAAGCAACGAACCAAGAAUUAAUUUUAUCAGUGCGAAUAGAGAAGGUCUUAUGUCUAUACCGGGUUAUGUAGGAUUAUAUCUCGUUGGUGUUGCAGUUGGUAGAUUGAUACACUCCACUUAUUUAAAUUUAAAUUCAGGUAUUACUUUACACCCGAGAAAAAAUAUUCACAUUAAAAUCUUUGGAUAUGAUUUAGAUGCAAGUUACAAUGAAUCAAUGAUACUAUGCGUAAAAUUAUCAUUGAUAGCAGCCCAGGCAUGUGCGGCAACAUUAUUUUGCGAUAAAUACUUUGGGAUAUCAAGAAGAUUGGCCAACGCGGGUUAUUGUGCAUGGAUACUUACAUUAAGCACUAUGAUGCUUACACUCUUAUUACUUAUUGAAGUAGUAACAGAUAUAUUAAUUUAUGCAACAUCGGAUUAUAAAAGCAUUGAUAAUAAAAAUGACAAGGUAAUAGAAAAAAUGGGCGAAGUAAAACAUAAGAGACAUAAAGCUGGUUUUAAAACUAGACGAGAAAAUAAGCACGAUAUGAAGCAAGAUAGUUUGCAGGAUUUACCUGUCGAUAGUCCGAUUAAAAGAACUUUAGAAAUUUUCGAGGCUGUUAAUUACAAUGGACUUGUUUUUUUCUUGUCGUGUAACAUGUUAACAGGUCUUAUUAAUUUACUUAUAUCAACGUUAUACGCUGGAAAAACUGUAGCUCUUCAGAUAAUAAUCGCAUACACGGCUGUAAAUAUACUUUUCAUUUUAAUAUUAUACAGAUGGCAAGUGCAACUCAAACUGUAAAAUGUACAAAAUUAUUAAUCAGAUGAAAUUUUGUUUACGAUAUCUGUUAUACGAUGAAAGAGAAGAUGUAUGCCGUGUCAAUGCUCAAUAAUAUCAUAGAAAAUGAUAUCCUCCAUAA